AUGCUUGGACAAGCGACCUCUGAGGUGGGUCAAGGGCGUGGCUAUUCGCGGAAAGAUGCAAGGCCAUUCCAUUCGUACGAGGGUAUGAUGGAUGGCCCUACUAUGUACAUUUCUAGAACUGCCAAAUUUGUUUAA